GUCGUUUGCAGGUGUGCAGGUGUGCAGGUGUGCAGUAGACAUGGGCAGGAGCGAGCAAGGAUAUAAUUCAUCCUGCCACUUUCGCCCCUUCCACUUCCAGGUUCUUCCCUUCUCUAGGCAUUCCAUUGACCAUUAACGAACGCACCUUCACUUUCUUCUCCAACGGUGCAUCUGCCUUCCCUUUCUUCUCCUUUUCCAAGACAGCCCUUUUAUCGAUCCUUCCCGCAGGAUUCGGUCUCGUUGCCAGGCCGUCCCGGGUACCACCUCUUCCAAGUUCCGAAUAUUGGACCUUACCUCAGGUUCUCGUCACCUCACUCUACAUUCCUUUCUUCCACUCAAUCCUUCCCAUCUCGGUUCCAAUACUCGCCGGACCUCACUUUCAGGUUCUCCUGCGGCUUUCCUCAUUCUUUUUACUCCUACCUCCUCGCCGAUUGUGUGCCAACCACCUCCCGCCUCGCCUCGUACAGGACUCUGAGACAUCUCAACCUUCUUCCUUUGUACUGAGUCCUGUACCACAACCUCCUCACCACUCGGGCCUCCCUACCACUCACUACCGCCUACCUCUCCGAGUCGCCUGGACGCUCGUCCACCGACUCUCCUUCCUCCAUCGCUCGCUAUGAGCAACAUGUCGACUCACUCCAACAUGGAGCGUUUGGAACCCGUCGAGUCGCCCGUUCGUCGAUCCGCCAUCGGCCGCAAAUUCCAUGCUAUGUGGAAAGCUGUCGAUCGCUGCGACAAGCGAAUUUCCACGUCCACCUUUGGACGAAUCUUCAGACUCGAGGGAAGCGGCCAUCCUAAGGAGAUUCCCGAUACAUCAUUCUUUAGGGAGAUUCGCGCGGGAGUGACCACCUUUGCGACCAUGGCGUACAUCAUCGCUGUCAAUGCAAUCAUUCUCUCACAGACAGGCGGCACUUGUGAGUGCGACUUGGUAAACAGAGCCGACUGCGACAAUAUCGACAGCUACAAGGCUUGCAAAGAGAAUGUUCGUCUUGACCUGAUCACUGCGACUGCUGCCAUCGCCGGCCUCGCUAGCUUCAUCUUUGGUUUCUUCACCAAUCUGCCAGUGGCGCUUGCUCCAGGCAUGGGCCUCAACGCAUACUUCGCUUUCCAGGUCGUCGGCCCCAACGGCUCAGGCAACAUUCCCUACCGUGUCGCCUUGACAGCAGUCUUCGUAGAGGGGCUCAUCUUCAUCGUCCUUGCUCUUACCGGAAUGCGCCAGUGGCUUGUCAAGCUCAUCCCCGCCACUAUCAAGACGGCAACCGGCGUCGGUAUCGGCUUCUUCUUAACGGAGAUUGGACUUUCUUAUUCGGCCGGAAUCGGUGCCAUUACUGGAGGCUGGAAGUCUACCCCUCUCGCCAUCGCCGGAUGCCCUGUUGAGAUGAUCGACCCAGACACCCAGAUGUGUGCUGGAGGCAUCAUGUCGAGCCCCAAGAUGUGGACGGCAAUCUUCGCUGGCGGCCUUGUUACGGCCUAUCUGAUGUCAUUCCGGGUCAAGUAUGCUCUCAUCAUGGGUAUUGCCCUGGUGUCCAUCUUGUCCUGGCCACGCAACACAUCCAUCACCUACUUCCCUUACAACGAGGAAGGCGAGAAUCGCUUCAACUUCUUCAAGAACGUCGUCACGUUCCACCCAAUCCAGCACACCCUCAACGCCCUGGACUGGGAUGUUACCAAGAACGGAUCGCAAUUCGCCCUGGCUCUCUUCACCUUCCUCUACGUCGACAUCAUUGAUGCCACGGCCACGCUGUACUCCAUGGUCCGUUUCUGUGGCGUUGUCGACCCCAAGGACGGCGAUUUCCCUCGUUCAACCAUUGCCUAUUGCUGCGACGCGGCAUGCAUCUCCAUCGGCUCACUGUUCGGUUGUUCUCCAGUCACAGCCUUCAUCGAGAGCGGUGCGGGUAUUGCAGAAGGUGGCCGCACCGGACUGACAUCCAUGACCACCGGACUUUGCUUUCUCGUCUCCAUCUUCUUUGCUCCCAUCUUUGCAUCUAUCCCGCCUUGGGCAACCGGUUGCACGCUUGUUCUGGUCGGCUGCAUGAUGAUUCGUCAAAUUACCCAGAUCAACUGGCGCUAUAUCGGCGAUGUUCUUCCAUCCUUUGUCGUAAUGACUUUCAUUCCCUUCUCGUACAGCGUCGCUUACGGCCUUAUUGCGGGCGUUUUCGUGUACACUGUUCUUAACGGCCUGAUCGCCUUGACUGUCUGGCUGUCUGGGGGUAGAAUCGAGCCUCGCGAGUACGAUGCGAAGGAAUACUGGUCCUGGAGAGGCUCUGGCAAGAAGCCCUGGUUUGUGCGCGCUGUCCGCAACAGCUGCUUCAGCAACGGAGACAAUGACAGCAAGCGUCAGUUUAACAUGCAGGAUGACCACGAUAGCUCCUACGCUCCGGGUUCGCGCAUGGAUUCAUCGGACCAAAAGGAGGACGGUGUUCACAUGGUGACGAUCCCGCAGCGGGCGGUCACUCCGCGUUCCGUGCACUAAAGAAAAGUACUUGGUCUAGGGUUAGAUUCUUCAUUUUCUGUUACCGGGGGAGGCGAUUUUCUUGCGAGAAUAUUGUGCCAGGUCUACUGGCUAUAUCACUUGAAUCAGCUGUCAAUGAUUGUAGAUAGCAACAAUGAAAC